UAAACAUUAGUAAAUCUGCAGCGUUUAAAAAUAAAAUCCUUUUGUCAAUAGUAAUCUUCAGCUUGCAAGCCCAUCAUGCAUCAAGAACGCAAAAUAAACGAUGAAGAUAUUAGUGAAAGUUUUCCGCAGUUCGGCCAGUUGGUGUCAACAUGUUGUCAUGGAUUGUGCACACGUAAACAAUUGUUCAAACGCAUCCCGGUCCUGCAAUGGUUACCAUCGUACAAGGUAGAAUAUCUUGUAGAUGACAUCGUGGCUGGCCUUUCCGUCGCGCUUACGGUUAUACCUCAAGGCAUUGCUUACGCUGUUAUUGCAAAUCUGGAUCCUCAGUACGGACUGUACUCGGCAUUUAUGGGUUGUUUCAUCUAUUUCCUUUUUGGAAGUUGCAAAGAUGUGACCAUCGGUCCGACCGCAAUUAUGUCUCUGAUGGUUCAAGCACACGUAGGAAACAAGGGAGUGGAGUUCGCGAUACUGUCCGCAUUCGUCACUGGUUGCAUGAUUCUUUUGCUUGGUAUACUUAACCUUGGAUUUUUGGUACAGUUCAUAUCCUUUCCUGUGACGGCUGGAUUUACAUCGGCAGCAGCGAUAACGAUUGCGAGUGGACAGAUGAAAUCACUGCUCGGAAUUCCAGGACAAUCGAACGAAUUUUUAGACUCCUGGAUAAAUGUGUUCGAACACAUACAAGAUAUUCGAUUGUGGGACAGCGUGCUUGGUGUGUCGACCAUCGUUAUUCUGCUCGUAUUAAUGCAAAUGAAGAACAUCAAGGGAAACAACUGUUGCCGAAUUGUUGGAAAGUACAUUACCCUAUCAAGGAAUGCGAUAGCUGUGAUAAGUGGAUCUUUGCUCGCUUAUGUUUUGAGCGAUGUUGGAAACGUGCAACCCUUCCUGCUGACUGGAAACGUGACUUCCGGACUACCACCGUUUCAACUGCCCCCAUUCACCACCAGCGUGGAUGGCCAAACUUACAGCUUUACGGAAAUGAUAUCUGAACUAGGUACAUCGCUCAUAACGUUGCCGCUGAUCGCCAUUCUGGAAUCGAUUGCCAUUGCAAAGGCAUUUUCUAAGGGUAAAGCCAUCGAUGCAACGCAGGAAAUGAUUGCCCUCGGCAUAAGUAACAUUGCCGGUUCAUUUGUGUCGUCGAUGCCCGUCACAGGAUCGUUCACAAGAUCGGCAGUGAACAAUAAUAGCGGCGUCCGGACACAGCUGGGCGGUAUAACUACGGGUGCGGUGGUUCUGCUGGCCCUUGGGUUGCUUACCGAAACGUUCUACUACAUCCCAAAAGCUACACUAGCAGGCGUCAUCAUAGCGGCGAUGUUUUUCAUGGUAGAAUUUCAUGCUGUUGCCGAAAUUUGGCGUACGAAACGUAUCGAUAUUAUACCAAUGAUAAGUACACUGGUGGCCUGCUUACUACUUGGGCUAGAGUAUGGCAUGCUUGUCGGUAUUGGAAUUAAUCUAUGCUUCGUGCUACAUCAAGUAUCACGUCCGGUAGUUGUGCCUGUACGAUUGACAUUUGAUGGGAAGGAUGUUCUAAUACUUCAAGCCGAUCAAAGUUUAGUUUAUUCAUCGGCCGAAUAUUUAAAGUACCUUGUUUUAAAACAGGCAGCCAAACACCCGGAUGCAAUAAUUGUUCUGGACGGAUCGCACAUCAAUUCGGUGGAUACAACGGUAGCGAAGGUGCUUGUCAGUAUGACUCAGGAUAUGGAACAUUCGAAUCGAAGGAUAGUGUACUGGAAAUGGAACCGUCCAGCACAAUGUACACUUCUCAGAAUGGAGCGAGAAUUGUUUGAAAAUGUGUUUAGAAAUGACGAAAAAUUAGACACAAUAGUGAAGGAAGUAUAUUCACAACCUCAAACGCCCUUUAGACUUGAUGUGUAGGAAAGAUGAGAUUCAUGUAAAGUUGAAUUCGAAUUCGUUGAAGGCUUGCAAUAAGGAUGGACGGAUAAUGUAAUUUGAAGAAAAUGUUAUUAAAAUUUACGUCGUUUUUAAACUAUUUUGAAAACAUAUUAGCAACCAUUUUUAGCUUGAGGAUAUGUUGAGGAUACGUCAUCAAUGAAAAAUUGUGUAUACAAAUUGAAGUUACUUAAAUUACCCAUCAAUAUAAAUUAGUUUUUUGCCCAUCCGAAACAUUGUAUCAUUCUACUGUGAAUCUUGUACAAACCUGAAACUAGCCUUCUCUUUUUAGCGUUAAAAUUCGUAAAAGUAAUAAGCUAGAAGGAGCAAACUGAUCUCACCAUACGAAAGAGAGAACACGAGCGAACGGAAAGCAAAAGUUCGUUUCGACAAGGGCGUCGAACAUGCUGAGGCUACGAUCGAAAUUUGCAAAAAAAAAAUUGAUUUAUUAAUCAGCUGUAUUAAAAAAUUGCUCACUUUCGAUUAAACAUUUUAUAUCAUCUCUCUUAAAAUGUUGCUAAUGCUUCUAAUAUUCGAACCCCGCCAUCUGAUCGUAAUAUGAAUGAAGAUCGUCACACAAAAGAAAUCAACAAAGUUUGAAACGUUUGUGUUCAGAUAGGAGUAUCUUUAUUUUUUGGUGCAGUAUAAUUACAGGAAUGAUUUGAUUUACACUUUGAUUUCAUUCGCUAAAGGUCUGCUGUGUUUCGAAUGUUGUUCAAUUUUGUGCCCGAACUAGUGGAACUGGAGCGCCACGUAGUCACAUUGCCGGAAGGCCUUCACGACGCAGCGUGAUGUGCGCGCGCGAGGUCGUAAAAAUUGUGAUAUUUCAAUAAUAUUGUUCGCCCGGGUAAUAAACUAUGUGAAACAACAAUAAACCCCGCCACUCGUCGCAGCAUUCCUUAGCACGCACAGCAAAAGAUCAGCUCGGAAACUCGUACGGCAGUGGAAACAAGGAAGCAUGGGACGCAUCCUACGACAGUGUGGGCGAGGUGAAGCAACGAUCAUCGGGCAACGAUAGCUGCCAUUAUCAUGAUGGAGGUGUGGGGAUCUUGCUCUGCGGUGUGUGAAAGCAUCAAUGUGCUGGGUUGCAGGGAAGUGUAUAGUAAGUAAGUGAAGAAUUUGGCUAGAAAAAGUGAACGAGAAACCGGCGAGAAGAUCGAGGCGUCCAGUGGCGUAGACUUUUCGAUUAACAUGUUUAUAGAGUAUGUCAUAAAAUGGAUCAUAGGUUUAUGUGUUUCUAAACUCACACAAUGGCGUAGCUAGAGGUGCCAGCGUUAUACACACGAAGGAUGUGUAUAUGGAACUAACAGACGAAGAAAAACGAACAAAACGAAAAGACAUAGAGGAAACGGACACUCGAAGCCGCAACCUAGCUCGAUUGUUCGCAGGUCUGUUCGCAUACGGGUGUAGCGUAGCGUACGCGUUCGCUAAACGUCUGUUAGUAGAGGGAGUGCGAAAAAUAAAUAAAACAGAAGCACAAGUAAAGACAAA